CCACGUGGCGAUGGACGCCGCUGAGGCUGAGAGGUGGCCAGGAACCCCAGAGGGGCCGGCACAGCUUGCCGAGGAAAUCGUUGGCCACCCUCAGACUUCACAGUGCCCUGCAAAGGGAGACCAGGGCCUGGUGCUAGCCCCUGAGGUCCGCUGGGCCCAGGGAGAAGAGAAGUGCCCUGCAGGCCCCACCUCGGAGCCAGAGGUCCCAGAGGGAAGACUCAAGCUGCAGGAAGAGCGGCUGCAGCCCCAGCCGGAGGGGCCCGAAGACAGGUGCUCGCGGCCCCUGACGACCACCGUCAGGCCUGUUCACGGCCCCAAGAGGAAGCCAGUCACGGAGGAGUCAGAGGGGAGUCAGAGCGAGCCCUCACCGUCGGCCAAACAGCACAAAAAAGCCAAGAAGCGCAAGAGUCUGGGGGUCCCGGUGCCCCCCGCCACAGCCAGCACUGUGUCUGCACCCUCAGAGGCCUUGGGGCUGGAGCGAAAGGCCCAACGCCUGCGGCCCCUGUACCAGUACAUCAACUACUGCAACCCCGAGCUGAACCAGGCAGACGAGGGCGACAGGGAGGCCGAGGCCGAAGUGGGAGGCAAGUCAGAGCUGGCCCUGGUCCCCGAAGAGGCCAACCUGGAGCAGCUGCAGGUCUUGCUGCCUGUCACAGGUGAGCUGAGCUCAGGCCUCGCUCUGCCCUGUCCCAAUGUGCUCAUGUCCCCUGCCCAGGCUCUGGUGCCCCUGGGAGAGGAAGCUCGAGAGGAGCCUGGGGGGCUGCUGAACUUGGGGGUCAGUGUCCGCCUCAAGGCUGAAGUGGAUAAGUCAACCCAGGUGGACAUCAACAAGAUGCUGAGCGUCUGCGCUGCCCCGCUGGUCCCCCCGCUCUCUCCCCAGUACAAGUGACUGUCCCG